AUGCGACCGUGGCUGUUGUUGAAUGUGAUUGCCAGUGCGGCGGCAUUUCAAGAUACGUCGCCGUUUAUUCUGGUGUCGAACAAUCGUCCACUAGAAGAACGUCCAUCUGGAAGCUCUCAUGAGUUCUCUGUUGACUGGAUUGAGUCUGCCAUCAUGCUCAAAGCACUAGAGUCCUGUCCCUACAAGGCGUAUGUGUUUGUGAACCAACCAGAGGUUAGCGAGCGGGAAAUCACCAAGAAAAACACCCCGUUUUUGGAGCAUAUCGUGUCCUCUUCAAAAUCCCGUGAGCUGUUUGCCACGGUCAAGGAUAGCGCCAAGUAUCAGGGCUUGGCCGAGGGCUGGGUUCGUGAGUAUUGCGAUGUUACGCACAUCGAAGUGGAUCCUGAAACAGGCAUGUAUGAACACUAUGUUGAUGCUGGUGCGCGGAUUGUCACGCUGGAUUUCCCCGACGCCGACGAUCUGACCAAGAACGACGAGGUCCUGAAGAGAGCGGUGUCUGGCCUAGCGUCCGGAGACUUUUUCCUUUCAUAUCGCACUACCCCAAAGAUUAAAGAUGUGUCCAUCGACAAGCCGGAGUCAAAGGGUCCCAUUGAGGAGAAAAAGUACCAGUCUUUGUUCCAAAACUACACGUACUUUUCCCCUGCCAUUUUCAUGGGUACGAUUGUCGCGGGCCUUGUCGUUAGCGUUUUGUUUUUGGCUUUGAACGCAGUCAAUUCAUUGGCAAUCACCCCGAAAGCUUUUGAAAAGCCUCCCUCGAGUAAAAACUGA